AUGUCCAACCCUUUCGAGGCACCAAAAGCUGAUACCCUUGCUGAUGCUUUCCCAAACGUUGAUCCUGCAAUUAUCGACGACAUUCUGGCAUCGGCAAACGACAAUUUAGAAGAGGCCUUCGACAUGAUGCUGAAAUUGUCAGAUCCAACAGCUCAAACUAGCACUGACCAAACACCACCACUAGCGGCACAACCACGUCCACCGUUGCCGGAGCGACGUCGUCCACCACAGCCAACACGCACCGUAUCUGAUAAUACCAAUCCUUUUUUGAACGGCACGGGCGGAGGUACCACCAGGGCUCGGCAAGAUCUCGCACAAUGGCGCCAAGAGCUUGCUAGUAGAAGCAAACAACGACAAGCACAACGACCCAAUAUGCGUACAGCUUCAUCUUCGUCAUCUUCAUUUUCGUCGACCAUACCCCAAGAUUGGACAGCAUACCACUACGAUCGCAACCGCAUCAGAGAUUUCGUCCAAGUAGGAACAGCGAGUGUGCGUAAAGCAGCUUCUUUUUACAACCAAGUAAUGACAGAUAAUCACCAAUACAUGAGAAAUGCUGGCAACGCAUCAACGGCAUGGGCACACAAUGCAAGACGACAGCAUAGUCCAUCAUCAUCAUCAUCACUUUCUCUUCCUUCAUCCUCACGCAUUUCACCGCCACGAUCCAUAAGCAACCCGUCUUCAGUAGAACGACAAUUACCAGCAACACCACCCACCACCACCACCACCACCACCACCACUACAAACAGUAGAACUAAUCGCCCAUUACCUCCAACACCAGCCACAAAUGCUAUUGACAGCGAUAAUCCAUUUUCAAUGCAAGAGGAACUACCGCCGCCAUCCUAUGAGGCACAUCAUCGAGAUACCUAUGUGGAUCCAAGGGACAUUGACCGAGUACUAGGAGCACAGCCACAGCGUACCAAUACGUAA